UUAAGCUUGUUUAUCUGUUAAACCUCCAUUUACUCAUCUCAUGGCGCACGGCGGCUAUGGAAAGCGCACAUUCGACGGACGUAAACCGGCAGCAGGCAGUAUUCAGCAGCACUCCAAAGGAUUAGGCGUUGAUAAGAAGUCCAAACCCAAUGUCAAGGGCAAGGGAAAGACCAAACCUAGAUCCGCCUCUUUCAAAAACCAGAUUCGUUCGGUUGAGAGAUUGCUUCAGAAGGAUAUCCCGCCUGAAAUUAGAGAAGCUCAAAUGAAGAAGCUAGAAGAAUUGAAGAAACAGCAAGAUACUCAAAGCCAAUUAUCUGUUGAUAUUCAGCAAAAAAAGAAAAAACUCUCUGCUGAUAACAAAAUAUUCUUGCGGUACAAGAUGGUUAGGUUUUUCGAGAGGAGGAAGAUUGAUCGAAAAAUAAAGCGUCUAGAGAAGUCACAACUUGAUUCAUCUGAUCCAUCACAUGGGGCAAUGAUUGCAGAGCAACUUCGUAGCCUUAAGGAAGAUCUGGAAUAUGUUAGGUUCUUUCCCAAGACAGAGAAGUAUGUUUCGUUAUUCAUGGGAGGUGAUAAUACAGACAUUGUCAAGAAGAUAAAUAUAUUACGUGAGCAGAUCAAAGCUAAUAUAGCAGCAGCUGCUGCUAGUGGGAAGAACCUGGAAGAAACGGGAGGUGAGGAUGAUGGAAUUCUUGAUGUGAGUGAUGAUGAUUUUUUCUUAAAUGGAAAUUCAAGUGAUGAAGCUGAUGCCGAUGCUGAUGAGUUGAAAAUAAAAAGUACUAGGGUACAAACAUCUAAUUCAUCAAGGAAACCAGCAGCAUCCGGAUUAUCAAAUGGCAAAAGGAACCAUAAACAGAUUUCUGCUCAAGCCAAGAUGCCUCUACCUCGCCCCACCUCCAGUUCUUUCUCGAAUUCUGCUCGAUCUGUGAAGCCCCCACCUCGCCCCACCUCCAGUUCUUUCUCGAAUUCUGCUCGAGCUGUGAAGCCUCCACCUCGACCCACUUCCAGUUCUUUCUCGAAUUCUGCUCAAGUCAGGGUGCUUCCAUCUCUCCCCACCCCCAGCUCUUUCUCAAAUUCUGCUCAAGCCAGGCUGCCUCCAUCUCUCCCCACCCCCAGCUCUUUCUCGAAUUCUGCUCAUGGAAAUUCGAACUUUGGAGGUUUUACAAGUAAGAAACCCGUUGUACACAGAGCCGAAUUUUCUGCACCAAGCUACACAUCCAACGCCUGGAAUGGACCAUCAUUUGGAAAUAGGGCAGCUUCAGAUGUUGGGACAGUAGGGCUGAGCAGUAAUGUUAGCUCCAGUUCUGAAAUUAGAAAACCACGGAGAAAAAGAAGGGCAAAGAAGAAAAAACAGGAAAAUUAAACAAUCUUGGUUUAUAUAAGUAUUAUGUACCAUUAACAAGACUAAUCGAAGCGAUUUUAUAUAUUCAAUUUACAGUCAAACUAACUAUGAAUGUUACUUUCUUUCCAGUUUUUCCAUGUAGGUUGUUAAAUUUUGUUAGUGUAAAAUGGAUUUAUUUUAUU